ACACUCAGUUGGAUUCAAUGUCGAGCCUUUGGGAGAGAGCAAGGAAGAAAAGCAACAUGUCCUUCGGAGACAUUAAUAAAGUUUGCACAUCAGGCGCAUCCUGGACUACAGCUGGAGCUGAUGGAAGAAGCGUCGAUGGAGUGGCCGCGUCUCAUGAGAUGGCAGCGAGUGAUCUGCCUCACGUAAAUAAUUACAGAGGCAAGAUCAUCAGCGCCGCAAAUGAACACGGUGUGCAGCCCGCUAUUGUGGCUGGCAUCAUCUCCAGGGAGACUCGUGGAGGCCGAGGGGCAGGAUUCCACAAUGGCUGGGGGGACCAUGGGAAAGCUUUUGGACUGAUGCAGGUUUCUAGCUUCCAUAAACCCCGCGGUCAGUGGAACAGCAAGGAGCACAUCAGUCAAGGUAUUGAGAUUUUCAAAGGGUGCUAUGGAGACGUUGAGAGAAAGUUUCCAAGUUGGACCAAAGAACAGAAGCUGAAAGGGGCUUUGGCUGCCUACAACAUGGGAGCACAGAAUAUGUCACCCCACAACGUGGACGCUCACACUACUGGGGGGGACUACGCCAACGACGUCACUGCCAGGGCCCAGUAUUAUGCAAACAAUGGUUAUUAAUUCUGACAUCUGAUGCUGCAGUCGGUAACUGUUACUGAUUGUCAACACACAAAAUACUUCAAAUAAAACUGUUUUGUCACCACAA